GCCCCCGCGGCCGGGAGGGGGCGGGGCUCCUUGCCGCUCCGCCAUGACGAGCAAAUGACCUCGCGGGGUAUGAAAUGGAAGUUCCACCGGGGGGAGCGCGUCCUCUGCUUCGAGCCCGACCCCACCAAGGCCAAAGUGCUCUACGAUGCCAAGAUUGUUGAUGUUGUUGUUGGAAAAGAUGAGAAAGGUAGAAAAAUUCCAGAAUAUCUGAUCCAUUUUAAUGGUUGGAACAGAAGCUGGGAUAGAUGGGCAGCUGAAGAUCAUGUUCUUCGUGAUACAGACGAAAACCGCAGAUUACAGCGUAAAUUGGCAAGGAAAGCUGUGGCUCGCAUGAGAAGAAAGGGAAGGAAGAAGAGACGUUGCAGGUUGCCUGGUGUUGACUCUGUAUUAAAAAGCCUUCCUGCUGAAGAAAAUGAUGAGAGUAGUGAAAACUCUCUAAGUAGUUCUUCUUCUGAUGACAGUGAUGAAGGAACAGAUGAAGAAAUAAAAAGUGAAGAAAGUGACAUUGAAGAGAGGACAGAAAUGAAAGAAGACCAAGACACUCACACCAAGAGAGACAUGGAAGAAAGAGCAAUAAGCAUAGAAAUCCCUGAAGUCCUGAAAAAGAAGCUUGAAGAAGAUUGUUACUACAUUAACAGAAGAAAACGGCUAGUGAAAUUGCCUUGUCAGACUAAUAUAAUAACCAUCUUGGAGUCAUAUGUGAAACAUUUUGCCAUCAAUGCAGCUUUUUCAGCGAAUGAAAGAUCUCGGCACCAUCAAAUGACUUCGCAUGCCAAUAUGAAUCUUCACUAUGUCCCACCCGAAAAGAAUGUUGAAUUAUGUAAAGAAAUGGUGGAUGGAUUGAGGAUAACCUUUGACUUCACUCUUCCAUUGAUUUUGCUCUAUCCCUAUGAGCAAGCUCAGUUUAAGAAGAUAACUUCAUCCAAAUUCUUUCUUCCCAUCAAAGAAAACUCAACAAAUGCUAAUAGAAAUCAGGAGGAACUGUCUCCAAGUCCACCUCUGUUGAAUCCACCAACUCCUCAAUCCACAGACAGUCAGCCCACAACCGGAGAGCCAGCAACACCCAAACGACGAAAAGCUGAACCUGAAAUAUUGCAAUCGCUGAGGCGUUCUACACGUCAUACAUCUAACUGUGACAGGUUGUCAGAAAGCAGUGCUUCUCCACAACCUAAACGGCGGCAUCUUGAAACACCUGCUUCAAUGCCAAAGCUGUUUUUGCAUCUAGAAAAAAAAACCCCCGUCCACAGUGGUUCAUCUUCACCUAUCACUUUGACUCCUAGCAAAGAGGGGAGUGCAGUUUUUGCUGGCUUUGAAGGUAGAAGAAACAAUGAACUUAAUGAGGUAUUGUCCUGGAAACUGAUGCCAGAGAACUAUCCACCAAGUGAUCAGCUGCCUCCCCCCUCAUACAUCUACGGCUCUCAGCAUUUGCUGCGGAUGUUUGUAAAGCUUCCAGAGAUACUGGGGAAGAUGUGUUUUCCUGACAAAAACCUAAAAGCUUUGGUAAAACACUUUGAGAUGUUUCUGAGGUUUUUAGCAGAAUACCAUGAUGAUUUCUUCCCAGAAUCUGCUUAUGUAGCUGCAUGUGAGGCCUACUAUAGCACCAAAAAUCCUCGGGCAAUCUACUGAAGCUUUUUCACGAACAAUUGAAUCCUGUGUACGCUGCCCAUGAUAUUGCUGCUUUGCCACGUGGCUGCAAGAAGAAGAUGAGAAGAACUUUGAAUGUCUUUCACUUGGGCAAGAGAGAAUAUCUUCUGUGAUGCCUAGAUUACUUAGCAGAGAUGGACCGCUUCUUUAAGAGCUGUGCAAAGACAGCAUUUUGAAUUACUCAAUGGGUUGAGUAUACACUCCAGUUUUAGAUGUAUGAAGAAAGCCUUGCACUGAUUUCUAAUGCAUAGGACUGCAUAUAAUUAAAACAAAGGGGGAAAGCAGAUGCAUUAGCAAUUGGAUAUUUUCAUGAAAACAAAUGCUUCUUCCUGUGUUUCUUUUUAAUGUGAACUCCUCAGCCUAAAAAAUAAGACUGACUUCACUGUUAUAUAAAGAGAAUGCUUAAUUGGCUUCCUACGGAUAUAUUUUCAUGCAUGGAACUUGGUUUUUGUUUUGUUUUUUUCUCCUUUUUGUAAAACUGUCAUGGUAGAAAAGAUUGUUUUGAUGUAAAGGAAAAUUUAUAUAGCUGUCCUGUUUGCAUGAUCUCUGCCUCAGGAAAAUGGUUUUCUGUGGCUUCAGUGAAAGAUUUGUUGCUUGCUUUAGCUUUUUAAAAAGGUAUCUGUCUUAUCCCAUGGCAAGGGUGUCAGAGUUCCAAGGAAUUCAGACCUCACCAGUGAUUGAUCUCACAUGUGGCUGCAAUUGAUUCUCAACACCACUGCAGAAAAACAGAAUAUUUUACUAGGUCUCCAAGGGGUAGGCUCAGAGAAUCAAUAAAGUGAAAGCAGUUAUUUUGGCAAGCAUUUUUUUUUUUUUUUAAUAAAGUGCACGUUGGUUCUCUAAUUGAGGGUGUGAUACUGGCUAUCUAAUCUUAAAUAUGUCUUUGUUUGGCUUUGCUUAGUACUGUUGUUCACUAAAUAUUGCAAAGUAUAUGAAGAAUGAAGAGCCAGUAGCAGUCCGAUGUAAAAAUGGUGUCUUCUUCCUAUAGAGUUGUUUCUUCCCAUAAAUCAGAAAUGCAUCUCUUUAGAUUUAUGAUGGUACUUAUUUUUUUUUACACUCUGUAGCACUGCAAAACUCAUACAGCUGCAUGGGAUUAAACUGAGUUCUAUUAUCCCUCUGACAAUACAUAAUCAGCAGAGAUGAACUAAAAAAAAUCUGUUUGAGAUUUUGUAGCAUCUGAGGCCCUUGGCAGACAUUAAAAUAAUGGUGACCAUGGAAUCCGAGGAACAUUUUUUCCAAGCUCAAAAACUGUAUCAUCCUAUGUCGUGUGUAUGGCAGGAUGCAUAAUGUUUGGAUGAACUGUAUUAUUCCUCAGAUCCAAUCUCACUACUACUGGGGGCUACCCACAGGACCUGCUACCCAUGUUUUGGGCAGGAGAUGGCUGUAUCCUGAACCCCAGGGCUGCCAUGUGUCUGAUCCAGUACUCAGUUGACUUUACAAUAUGGGACUGGGCCCAGGGUAGCCCUGAGUCUUAAAAACUACAUGUGGAGACUGGAUUGUGUUUAAGUACGGCUUAAGCAGAGGCAAUGGAUUCUUAUCUCAUUAUUUGAACUAACUUUUUAUAACCUCUGUGUCCCUAUGGAUGCACUUUGUUUAACUCUUUUUGCAUCUCUCAGCAGUGUCCUCUCUUUUUCCUCCCUUGUUGCAUUUCUUUUUUAUUUAAACUACUGCUUUCUAUUUAAAACCCUUGCUUCCUGCAGAUCCACUCAUAGAAUUUGACAAAUUCAAAGAAUCUGUUGCUUACAAAAGCUGAAUUAGCCUAUACGAUGCCUCUCUGCCUUGCCUCCUGUACAAAUUUUAGGUGAUCUAAUUAGAGAAUCAUUCUUUUUGAGUUGGAAAUAUUGAAUUAGAAUGUGCAUCUGUGAUACUGCAACUGAAAAGAACCAGCAAUGUGGGGAGUUAGGAAGAACCAGCUUCCGAAUGUAAAUAGCACAUUUAAUCUGUAAACCUGAAAUCCAAUCUUACCACUCACUGUUACUUUUCAGAGUGUAAUAGCACUCUAAAUACUUUGAACUGAAAAAGUAAAGAUAUUCUUGGUUUCAGUAUUUUAGGCUUGCAGAAAGGUUUCUCUAUUUAAACUUAAUGGUUCUUACACUAAUCUCAGUUUGACAUGGAUUCAAAAGAUUUGUGGAUCUUUAUUUCUGAAGGGUCAUUAUCUAUUGUAUUCCUAUAAUGCCAAAAUACUUUCUUUUACUCUUCUAGGCUUCAUUCCAGUUCUGAAAAUUCAGAACCUUUACAGUAUGGUCCGAGUAUUCAAAAUCCUCUGUAUGAUGGGAGCAUGUCUAAUGCUAAACUUCAUAUAGUAGGCAAAAAAAAAAUUAUUAAUGAAUGUCUAACAAGCCAUUCAGCUUGAAAUAUUGCUAAAACUAUCCUUGGUCCUUUUCAUUGUUGCAGAUCCCUGCAACAAAUGAUAUGUCAAAUCUUUUGUUCCACCCUAUCAAUACCUACGAAUAAAAAGGCAAGUUCAGAACUGAGUUGAAACUUUAUAAAAUAGCUGUGUUUAACUGUAAAAAAUGACAUUUUGUCUGUGUAAUUCAUAAUGUUUUAUAUAUUCAACUUAUUCAGUUGACAGACAAUAAUUCUAACACCACUUCAAAAUGGAAUCAGAAAAUCCAAGUAUUUACAACUUGCAUUGUGAUCAUAAAAAAACUUCCUUUUGUGACUUGAAAUUUUGCAAGUGAGAGAUAUAGCAUAGCCUAUAGUGGUAGAACUCAGCAUGUCACUUAUUCCAAAGUAAAUGUAUCCACAGAGGUUUUUGUACCUGUAUAACUGUAGUAAUUAUGUUUGUGAAUUUCCCUGUGCCAGCCAACAGGCUCUUUGCAAGGGCAAAGGCAAGGCUAAAAUGUGUCUAAACUAGGUGCAGCAUUUCAAAUAAGGCUGGAUAGUUUGAUUUGGGAGGGGGAAAAAUCUGUUAGUGUAAGUUUAUAGAGGAAACAGUCUGUAUGGCAUAAUGUUGGCUUGGGUACUGGAAGCAGCAUGUUAGCGAUUCUUAGUAGGCUAAUUAGUCCUAGUACAAAUGGGUGUUAAUGGGGCUGUGCUGUUGCUGCUGCCAUUGCUGCUACUAUUCAGAGUGAACUUCAGUAUGCACACAACAUUGAAUUAUGCCGUGUGGGCAUAACAUGAAUUGGCUAUGUGUAAGAUUUGCUUUCUGGUUCCCAAACCAGUUAAUCAAUUAAAUAACUUGCAUCCUUCAGUUUCAUUAGUAGGUUCUACUUCUAGUUUUAAUAGGCUUCUUUAAAAAGAAAUCUUCAGAUUUUAAAGUUUAUUUCCCUUUAAUCUAAGUCUAAGUGUGUGUGUGUGUGUGUGUGUGUGUGUGUGUUGGGGGGAAGAGAGGGUAAAAUCCAAAAAAACAUUUUCAACUAAAUAUCUUUUGUUAUUCAUUUUGGUGCUGCACUGUUUCUUAGUAGGGAGGGAGACUCUGCUGUAAUAACUGUUCUUAAACUUGAGUUCUUGGUAUAUUGUUCAUGGUUGGUGGGAAUGUCACAGACCAGGGCUCCAUUGUUUUAGGGGCUGUGCAAGUAAAAUGAAAGUCUUUUCCCAAAAGAGCUUCAAGCAUUUGUGAUCUUGUUCUCAGUACUGCGACACUAACAUAUCACCUUUGACUCUCAUUUUAGGACUAGCUAAAUGUGAAACUUGGCUUGAUAAUAAUAUUGAUUUUUUUUUUUCUGUGCUUUUUAUUUUUAAAGGAGGCCUGGAAAAGGAUUUAACACCAGUGAUACAGUAUAGUUUGUUCAAACCAUCUAAUCUAGUUCUUUAAUGAACUAGUUUUCCAUUUUCAUGAACCUAGGAGAAUAUUUGGCAAGUGACCUACUUGUGGAUCUGGUGGCUAUUUAGCUAAAUAAAAAUUGCCAGGCAUGAUAGGACAAGUGGACACUUGCCUAGGAUAAAUGUGAAUGGUUAUUAUGCUGGCUAGCAGCAAGAGGGUAAGUUACUCAUUUUCAUAACAGAUGAUCUGUCUCCUUCCUCCCCUUUCUCUUCAUCCCCUUCUAGUUUUUGAAACUUGCUGAUUAAGAUGCAUGCUGUAUUUCUACUUUGUAUCUUCUGUGGUGAAUUUUGUGUGCUGCCAGCACAACUGCAUAUAGGCACCAGAAGCAUGUGAAUGUAUGUAUACAUGCUUUGGUGCGUUGGUAGCAGCUGCUUUCUACUGGUAGAACCAGAUAAGUGUUCUGUAAAACCACAAAUAUUGGGUGUUACAAAUCUGCCACAUGCAUGAAUCUGGUUGAAACUGCCUUUAUUGUUACAAUUUAAACAAGUGAACAAUUAUAGUUUCAUAGUGCUUAGAAUCGGAAGGGACCUAAACAGAUCAUCAGGCCUGACCCCCUGCCCCUGGCAGGAACAGGUGCCGGGGUCAUAACAUCCCAGCCAAAUAUCUGUCCAGCCUCCUCUUGAAGACCCCCAAGGUAGGAGAGAGAACCACCUCCCUUGGGAGCCCAUUCCAGAGCCUGGCAGCCCUAACUGUAAAGUUAUGUCUCCUGAUGUCCAGCCUGAACCUUCUCUCUAACAAUUUGUGGCCGUUAUUCCUAGUAACCCCGGAUGGUGCCGGGGGAACAGAGCUUCACCUAAUUCCCUCUGGUCCCCCCUGGUGAGUUCGUAAACAGCCACCAGAUCCCCUCUCAGCCUUCUCUCAUGGAGGCUGAAUAGAUUCAGGCCCUUUAGCCUCUCUUUGUAGGGCCUGACCCUCUGCCCCCUGACCAUGUGAGUGGCCCUCCUCUGGACCCUCUCAAGGUUAGCCACACAUCCCUCUUGAAGUGCAGCGCCCAGAACUGGAUGCAGUACUCCAACUGCGGCUUGACCAACACUGCAUAGAGGGAAAGGAUCACCUCCCUGGACCUGCUUGUGAUGCAUCUGUAGAUGCACAAGGUGUGGUUAACUUAGCUUUCUCGCAUUGGCGGCUCAUGUUCAUCCUGGAAUCAACAAUGACUCCAAAAUCCCUUUCUGCCACUGUUGACAAGGGUGUUCCCCAACCUACAGGUGUGUUGCUGGUUCCUUCUUCCUAGAUGCAGCACCUUCACACUUGUCUGCAUUGAAUUCCAUCCUAUUCUCAUCUGCCCACCUCUGUAACCUGUCUAGAUCUAGCUGGAUUCUGUCCCUCCCCUUCAGCGUGCCCACUUCGCCCCACAUCUUGGUGUCAUCAGCGAAUUUGGACAAUGUGCUUUCCACACCCACAUCCAGAUUGCUGAUCAAACAAUCUGCAAUUCUUUUUUGCAAAUUUUUUUUAAUUUCAAGAUUGUAUCCCAAACACUCCCAGCUGGUGGGUUCUAAGGGGGAUUUAGCCUGCCAUCAAGAAUUCUUCCUAUGCGACAAAAACUUUGCCUGCUACCUUUUAUAUAACUAUAAUUCAAUUGUAAUAGUACUCAAAAUCCUGCUGCAGUUGUGGAUUAAUGAGUUUGUAAUAUUGUGUUUGAUAGUUAUGUAGGUUGCUCGUGUGUGCCGCUUAAGCUCUCCCCACUGAAACACUUUGUUUAGAUUUCAUGUAUGGCUGAGUAGGUGGUAGCUUUUACUCAUUGCUUAUAAUGUAGGAUUAAUAUGGACUUUAUUUUGUUUUAACUGUAAUUAACUAGUGAAGAUAUAUAAUUACUUUGGCAUUAAAUACCUUAGCUGUUUUUAAUAAAAUAAAAGAUUAUUUUAAUGUGCACAAUUGUUAUAAGCAGCAACUAAUUAGACAUUCCACAAGGAUUUUACCCACUGACAGAUGGAUGGUAUGACAAAUGUAAUAUAUAUUUGUAAUAGUGCCAAUCCCAAGCAUUUGAAAUCAUGAGUCAGUACCCCGAAGUCAUGGAACUGGUUUAAAAAAUCUGAAAUUUUAGUCUCUAAGGUAACAUGAAUUGAGUUUUUUUCUUUGCAACCAAGAGGGCUAGAAAUUUCUAAUGAGACCUGAUCUCAGAGACCUUGAAGAGCGUGGAACUUAGGAAAACACUAAGUGUUGUAACAUUGGCAGUAAAAUUGGGUUUAGCUAUGCUGCAUUAUAGUAGGCUGCUACUAAUGUGAAAAUAAUGGGCGAGUUAGUAUUUGAAGAGAUGUAUGAAUAUAGAUUCAGAGGUAGAUUUCCUGGUUAAGAAGUUGCUGCCUAAAUGAAAUUCCUCUAUACAAAGUGACCUCACUAUGCCCAAGGGACAAAUCUAUAGUUUAAGUGAUAUGUUUUUAAUUUAUUUUUAGUGGCUUCUUACAAGUUUUCUAAUCUAGAUGGAAGCAUACAGUCAGUGUAAACAAAGUAUUAUGAAGGCACAAAGGAGGAGGACGAAAGACAUCCACUGGGUGCCAUGGGCAACUGGUGCCUCCUGAGUCUGGGGGGGGCACCUGCAGAAGCUGGCAUCAGCGGCAGGGACAGGGCUGGUGAGCACCCACAGAAGGCAGUGGUGGUGGGGUUGGGGCUGGUGAGCACCUGCAGAAACCAGCAUUGGCGAUGGGGAUGGGGCUGGCGAGUACCUGCAGAAGCCACCAGCAGUGAGAACAGCCCUGUCGGGGGGGGGGGGGAGGGGCACAUGCCCCCUCUACCAGUUGCCUAUGCUGGACGCGUUUGCAUGUGCCCCUGUGGCACUGUUGUUACUGCAUUGUCAUUAAUAUUUCCUUCUGAAAGUACUAAAUGAUGGCACGGUAACAGCCUGUAUUGUGCCAUGCUGGCGGCGCACGGUUAUUUUUAGCUGUUAUAUCGCCACAGCAAUGCGCUAUACUGAGGGAAUGCAUUGCUGCGGUGACGUAGUGGCAGCAUCACAGUUUUUGCCUGCGGAUGCUAUGUCACCGUAGCACGUUACUAUGGUGAUGUAGCGUCACGUAGACGCGCCCACUUGUACAUAUACGGUGUAGUAAUUUUUGUCUAUAUUGUUUCUAACCACUUAUUUUCUCUCCUUAUUAGCAGGUCAUGGUGCUCUCCUGGGAGCUGGGAGUCCUGGAUAUUGGUCCAUAUUCAUUUCCAUCCUUUAUUCCAUUGAAUAAAGCAUCUAUUUCCAUGCUUUUAUCCAUUGAUUUCCAGUGGCUGCUGAACGUUGGCAGUAGUACCCUUUCUUGUGUUUGGGGAGCACAAGCAACCACCCAGCAAUAGAACGUUUGAGAAUGUGAAAAGAACUCUAUGGCAGUACCAGAGCAGCCAUACUUUUAGCCCAAAUGCUAGGGACAGACCAACAGAUCGCAGUGAAUUAAAGGGAGACAGACUGGCAGCUGUUCUGUGGUUCCUCUCCCUGUGCCUGCCCUUAUUCUGCAGUAAUGAAAGCUGAACCUCAGUAGUUUAUCCCCAGUGAAAGAGGGCUCAUCUUCCCAGGUUUAGCUUUCAUCAUCAGGAAGCCAGUGUAGGCACAAAGCUAGUAUUUUCCUGCCUGCUUUUAAUGUGCUUUAACUUUUUCUUUGCACUUAGGGGGAUGAAGCUCACCUGAUCUGCAGAGGUAGCCCCAGGACUAGAGUCCAGGACCCUUGGCUCUCCCCUACCUGAUCCCUGGAAGUAGCUCUAGGUCUUGGCUCUGGAACUCUUCUCUGCCUGAUCCUUGGAGGCACCCUCGGCCCCUGACUUGGGAACCAGGGCUGCGCCCCACUCAUUGCAAGUUUGGCAGUGCAGCCCAGCAUCGAGGAACCUGUUUCCCUAAUGCCGGGCUUCACCAGUUUCAGAGCCAAAUCAUGUGACUGAAGAAUUUCAUGCCUGAUCCCAAAAUUUACACAUUCUGCUAUACACAUUUGGUAUGACAGGAUGAACAAUUUUUGGGAUCUGGCAUAAAAUUCCACACGUCUUAAUUACACAAUCACACGUCUGUCAGGGGCCUUGGAGAGAAUACGAAAACAACCAUUACUGCCAUUGUCAGCUCAACCAUUGCAGCUGGCCUGACCACUACUGCUGCCUAAGGUGAGGAGCCUGGUUGUUAAGCCUCUGUUUCAGUGACUUUUAGAAGAGCAAAUGUCCUUCUGGCCAAUUAGAAGUCUAAUAAGGGGAAAGUGUAAUCUGUUACAUCUGGGUAGUGUGAAGGCAUGCAUGUUGAAAUAAACAGGAAAGCAGCAUUCCAGUGAAGUGUCUGAAUUUUGUUUUUCUAGUUUUAAUUUUUUGAGUUGAUACAAAAAUGAUUUUAUUGUGAAGCUGUCUUUAAAAUUUAGGCAGCCAUAGGAUUUAAACUCAAGCUUAAUCACAGUAACUUCAAACUGCCCUGGAGUGAACCUUAUGUUCCUUGUAGUUUUUCCCCCCAAACAGACUUUCAAGAAGUAGUCAGUGCCAGCAAAAAUCAAAACCCCAAUGUUGCCUUCUUACGGAUCAGUCUCAUCCAGGGUUUAUGUAACAGUGGGCGAAGAUGAGAGGAAGUGAUAAUAAGAAACUGUUGGGCCUCUUGAGGAAAGAUGUAAACUGACUGCAACCAAUAACAGUAAACCUAACAGAUGAGUCCCACAAAGUGUAAAUUAUAUCAUGAUAUGAGUAGUGUGUGUUUUGGGGGGAAACAAAAGGUAAAAGAAGACUGCUAAUUGUGCAUGUACAAUGCUGAGGAAUUGGCCCCAGCUCUUCAGAAAUGCAAUGAGCAUGUGGAGUUUGCAGAUAUAUAGAAUGUGAUUUCUGGGCAGAAAUGUUUUAGGACUCUCUUCUGCUAGUGUCAAAAUUUAGAAUAAUCCAUAAGGACAAGAAGAUCAUUUUCUGGGACAGUAAAGCUGCAAUUUAGACUAACUAAAAAUUCAAAGAAUUAGUAUAGCCCCACCUGGGAAUUAGACUGAAUGAGAGGAUUAAAACUGAGCACCAUAUGGUGUUCAAUCUUUGUGCAAUUUGUUGCUUGUGUAAAUAAUUUGAGUACUUCCGGUUUGGUAAUCAGUUUGGGACUCACAGUAGGAGUGUCAACCAAAGGUCCUCCUCAAAUGCGUGUGUUUUUUUUUUUUAAUGAAAAACUUGAGAUUAAAGAUUCAAAUGUUAAAUGAAUUGUGAAUGUUUCUAACGUGCUCUCCAAGCGCUGAAAAGAGAAAAGUUACCCUUAUUUAAAAUGUGUUUAAUAUCUGCAAAUUAAAUAAAUACAUUUCUCAAAUCA